UCCUGUCUCUGAGCUGGGAGCUUUUCUGCUGGCCCCACAGGGGGUGUUCCCAUUUGGGGUAGUGAGCUCCCCGUCCCUGGGGGCAUUUAAGUUUGGGAAGUUGUAGAGGGAAUUUGAGCAUUGUGUGGUUCUUCACCACCUCUUCCAGCCUGGAGCUUUUCUGGCCUCGGGGGGUUGUGGGGAAAGGCACCCAGUUCCCUCAUUCUGCCCGGGUAUCAAGCCCCUAAGCAUUGGUCCUUUUAGCCACGUCAGGCGAAGCUUGUGGGCCUCCUUCCAGAAACCCUCUCCGUAGCCCUACCUGUACCAUGCAGAACUCCGGUGGAAGUCAGGCUUCCACAGAGGCCCCUCUGAGCCUGUGGUAGUCUCCUCGUGCUGGAUGGGAGGUGCAGAGGGUGAGAGACUGGAAGGGCUCAGGACUGCAGUGGGAAGGAGGUGCUGAUGACGAAGUUGGGAUGGGGGACACCCACCUCCCCAGUCAUCCGGAAGCUGAUGCUGCUCCUUGCUCCCCCAUCCAACCGCACCUGGGCAGGGGCGUUCCCCCUCAUGCUCAUCCUUCUCCCACACAUGUGCACGGGGCACCACCUUUCGGGAGCUGUGGGCAGUGGGCAGAUGAGAAGGAAUCCUGUGGUUUCCUCCAAACUACGCGUAUCCCAAGUCGCCAAUGCCACGCCUGCUGCCACCUAAGCACACAGCCUGGACUGGAUGGGUGGGACCUGCUGUCCAGCUCCUGAUGCUCAGGUCCUGGUGCCUGGGCAGGGGUGCACCCCAGCUGGGGUGGGGCAGACAGCCAGUGCCCCCAGGGGGACCCUGCGGUGGAUGUCAGCAAGCCUGCGAGUUCCUCCCCUGCUCUCCCACCUGUGUUUGGGGACCCAGAAUUGGAAGUUGCAGAAACUGCUGUCUAGGGGUGGGGGUGUUUCCAGAGCCUGAGGGUAUAGGGGGAGGGGCCUGCCCCUGUUCCUGUGUGAGGCCUUGGUCCCCUGGAGCAGCCUCCUGGACCUGCGUGUUCACCUCUUUGAAAUGUGCUGCUUCCUCUGUGUCCCGGAGAUGCCAGAGCCAGGGCUGGGUGCCACGUAGGAACGUGGCAGCCAGAUAGGCAAAGGAGUGUGUGGAGCUGGGCUCAGGUCCAGUUUUGCCAGCUGUGUGACCCCAGGCCAGCAACUUCACCUCUCUGAGCCUCAGAUUUCUCAGCUGUGAAAUGGGCAUCAUAGUGCCUCCUCAGAGGGCAUGGGGUGAGUUAGGGACAUCAAGUAUGCACCACGUGGCUCAUGCUUUUACAGGUUCACUUCUCUGCCCCAGCACCCUUAUGAGUCUGCAGGCUUGGGGUACACCUGCCCCCAGGUUUCAAGAUGCCAGGAUCCUUGCUGGCCAUAGACACAAGCCAUUUCCUCUCUCAGCUCCACCUCACAGAGCCUACGGGGACCUCAGAUGCAAGCUUGGCAUUUGUAGCAAUAGGACAUGACCUACCUUCGUUGGCAGAUCCCCUCCCGGCCCUUCCUCCCUUAGCCCUGGGCUGCAGGAGCAGAUCGCCAAGGGCCGUGAGGGUGGCAACUGCCUCAUAGGCUUGGUGAGCCCAGACUCAGACAGGACCUCAGACAUCCUCUCCUCCAGCGACUAUGAAAGUGUCUGUGGUUUCAGAAAGUUUGGACCUCCUGGGCUUCUGGGCGGCAGGACUCCUCAGGGCCUUUACUGGGCUGGUGUUUAACCUCCCGUGCCUGCCCUCGGGAGUGUGUGCCCAGGAGCGUGGUGCCCCAUCCGGGUCAGAUUGCCUGUUGAGAUGGCUGGGUGCCGAGUGCCUGCCGUCGAGGGUCACUUUGACAUGGAUAACAGAAUCAGGAGCCAGCUCCUACUGGGCAGAGGCUGGGAACCUGACCUGGGCGUCCGUCCAGUUCUUCUCAUUCAGUCACUUACUAAACUAGCGAUGCCGGAGCUUCUGCUUGGGCCGGGCUGCUGGAGACAUGAGUGGUGACCGAGACAGAGCAGGGUAACAAGCAAAUCACAGGGGCCUUUCAGACGGUGCUAAGCGCUGUGUCCUUAGUAAGAUCAGGCGGCUGGGAAGAGCGAUGGGUGGCGUGAGGGUGACUCUGGUUAGGGGGAGGUCGUGGGAGAGAAGACAUUGGAAAUGUAGGCUGAGAAGGGAAAGAAGAAAAAACGAGCUGCGUUGAGGACCGAGCGCAUGCAAAGGCCCUGAGGGGUGUCUGAGCGCAGCAAGAAGGGAGCCGGCUGGAGUUGGCAGUGCCAUCCCAGGCUGACUUCAGGAAGGAAGAUGGCUUCGCAAGUGCUGUUGCAGAUUGCGCUGCUCCUGCUGGAUCUGCUCCUCCUGGUUCAAGGUGCCCAUGGUGGGGGCCACCGGGAAGACUUCCACUUCUGCGGCCAGCGGAACCAGACACACAAGAGCAGCCUCCAGUACAAGCAGGUGGAGGAGCUGCACCUCUCCAUUUGGAACUCCGAGGAGAAUCUCACAAUCCACGCUCCCUUCCCUGAGGUCCAGUCAGUCUUCCACUUCCCUGAGCCCAGGGGCAUCUACCACUUCUGCCUCUACUGGGACCGCCACGCUGGGAAAUUGCACCUUCGCUAUGGCAAGAACGACUUCGUACUGAGCAAGCAAGCCUCUGACUUCCUGUGCUUCCGGCACCAGGAGGAGAGACAGGCACGGGGCCCCCCACUGCUCGCCACUUCCGUGAGGUCCUGGUGGAACCCACGGAAUACGAGCCUGCCCAGUGCUUCCGGCUACACCUUCUCCUUCCACACUCCUCCCCAGAAUGCCUCCCACACUGCGUCACUUGGCAUGUGUGAGCUGAAGAGGGACCUGCUGGUGCUCAGCCAGCUUCUGAAGCAUCCCCGGAAGUCCAGAAAGCUCCUUCCCUCCCUUGCUGGCCAGCAGCUGCAGAGCCUGGAGUCAAAGCUGACCUCUGUGAAGUUCACGGGGGACACGGUGUCCUUUGAAGAGGACAAGGUCAAUGCCACGGUGUGGAAGCUACAGCCUGAGGCCAGCCUCCAGGACCUGCACAUCCACUCCCGGAAGGAGGAGGAGCAGAGCGAGAUUCUGGAGUACUCGGUGCUGCUGCCCCACACGCUCUUCCAGAGAGCCAAAGGCCGGAGAGGACAAGCCGCAAAGAGACUCCUCCUGGUGGACUUCAGCAGCCAGGCCCUGUUCCAGGACAAGAGUUCUAGCCAAGUCUUGGGUGAGAAGGUCGUGGGUAUCGUUGUUCAAGACACCAAAGUGGCCAACCUCUCGAAGCCGGUGGAGAUCACCUUUCAGCACCAGCCACAGCCGAAGAACAUGACUCUCCAAUGUGUCUUCUGGGUUGAAGACCUGACAAUGAAUGGCUCUGGGAGCUGGAGCGACGCUGGGUGUGAGACUGUGAGGAAAGAGACACAGACAUCCUGCUUCUGCAACCACCUGACCUACUUUGCGGUGCUGAUGGUCCCCUCCGUGGAGCUGGACGCAGUGCACAAACACUACCUGACCCUUGUCUCCUACGUGGGCUGCGUGAUCUCUGCCCUGGCCUGUGUCCUCACCAUCGCCACCUACUUCUGCUCCAGGCCUGACCUCUGCAAGCAGUUGGGUUUGAUGUCUCCCCUCCACGGAUGCUUCUGUGACCCCCAGUUUCUGGGGUGCCUGGGGAAAGAAGGAGCCACCUUUGGUGCAAUGAAGAGCACCUCCACCCACCCUCAGAUGCUCUGGAUUGUCAGGAGGAAGUCUCGUGAUUACACCAUCAAGGUGCACAUGAACCUGCUGUUCGCCGUCUUCCUGCUGGACGUGAGCUUCCUGCUCAGCGAGCCCGCGGCCCUGUCAGGCUCCCAGGCCGGUUGCCAGGCCAGCGCCAUCUUCCUGCACUUCUCCCUGCUCGCCUGCCUCACCUGGAUGGGCCUUGAGGGCUACAACCUCUACAGGCUCGUGGUGGAGGUCUUUGGCACCUAUGUCCCUGGCUACCUGCUCAAGCUGAGCGCCGUGGGCUGGGGCUUCCCCAUCUUCCUGGUGAUAUUGGUGGUGCUGGUGGACGUGAACACCUAUGGCCCCAUCAUCCUGGCUGUGCACAGGACUCCGGAGACUGUCACCUACCCUUCCAUGUGCUGGAUCCGGGACUCCUUGAUCAGCCAUGUCAUCAACCUUGGCCUCUUCAGCCUGGUGUUUCUGUUCAACAUGGCCAUGCUGGGCACCAUGGUGGUGCAGAUCCUGCGGCUGCGCCCACAUGGCCAGAAGUGGCCCCACGUGCUCACGCUGCUGGGCCUCAGCCUGGUCCUCGGCCUGCCCUGGGCCUUGGUCUUCUUCUCCUUUGGUUCUGGCACCUUCCAGCUUGUGGUCCUCUACUUCUUCAGCAUCAUCACCUCCUUCCAAGGUUUCCUCAUCUUCCUCUGGUACUGGUCCAUGCGUCUGCAGGCCCGGGGCGGCCCCUCUCCUCUGAAGAGCCACUCGGACAGCGCCCGGCUCCCCAUCAGCUCCGGCAGCACCUCGUCCAAUCGCAUCUAGGCUGCCAGCCACCGCCUGGUGUGAGGAGACAGAGAUGUGACCUCUUCUCACCACUGCCUGUGGGCCCCAGAGUGGGCCCUGGCCCUGGCCCUUCAACCAAAAACUUGAGGAGGUGCAGGGGCAUCAGAGGGAUGGGUUGUUGGGAAUGGAGUUGUUGCCAUGGUGACCAGACUCCCAGGUUUCCGUGUUGGCCUCUCCAGUGGAUAACUUAGAUGGAUAUCCGGUGGCUGAAGUCGGGGUUUAACAUACGCCUUACUGGGCCCUGAUGGCUGGGGGUGGGAUGACCCCAAGGGUCUGGCCUGGACCUGAAUUCAGGGCCUUUGGCCUUUGUCAGACCCUUCUCCCUUUUCCUUCCCGUGUCUAUUCUCCCUAGUCCUCUGCUCUUAGCCAGGACCCCCCAAUUCCAAUACUGGGUUUUGGGUGGUGAUUCUCGAGUCACCUGGUGUCAGCCAUAAACCUUUAUCUAUGUAUGGCCUUUGCUGUCCCUGACUCAGGCCACCCGGGCUGGGCCAGGUCCAUCUGUUCACCUGGGCUUCUUUGUAAGAUGCGUCAGCCUUGCUCACCACUGCCAAGCCCACAUCUCACAGGGAUCCUCAGCCUCCCUGAGCCCCCUUGUGGCAAGAACUGUGAUGUGGAGCAUUCUUGAUUCCAUCCCAACACACGUAAGACUGAGACACGCUUCCCCUGGUGACCUCCAUCUUAAGCCCUACGUGCUCAUUAGGGGUCAACCUGGAUCCCUAGUCUGGCUUCCUACACACUCAAGCCCAUCACAGCUAGAUCUGUACAAAACAGAUCUUUUGGGGCUACAGACUGGGUUGCUCAAUUGUAAGCUCUCAGUCUAGUGUCGGAGGCACGUAUGAGACAAGAACUCCCGGAGCUACAGACGAGGGGUUGGCGGAAGCAUCAAUCCAGGCGGGAAAUCCAUGAAGACGUCUCGCAGGUGGCAGCAUUUGACCUGGAUCUGAGUCUUAAAGAUGGAGUGGAUUUUCUUUCUUUUUUGAGAACUUUUUUUAAUUACCCGUUCAUUCAUCCUUUGAUAUGAAAGAGAAAUACAUGUUCGUCGUUGAGUUUUUGGAAACUGUAGAAGAAAUUAUGGAAGAAAAUAAAAUCAGCUGUUGUUCUCACCUAACAAACUGAUGUAAACAUUUUGGAGCAUUUUCUGAGCUCUUUUUCUGUGCUUCUGUUUAGCGGCACUAAUACUAUCACCUGGGGCCAAUCAGGAAAAUAAUGAACUUCUGGAAACUAUCAACUUGGGCGGGGGGAGGAGACAUGGCCGCUCAGUGUUAGGGAGACAAUAGGGCGUGGUGAUGUUACAGGGGAGGGAGAGGGGGCAUCCCAGACCCCACAAACCUGCCUGCUCUAAAUAGGUUCUGGCACUUCCCUAAAUCACAUUGGACACCAAAUCUGUUACAGGGCAGGGAGCGGGGCACCCCAAACCCCUCAAGCCUGCCUGCUCUAAAUAGGCAGAUGUUCUGCCAUCUGUCUCAUCAACACGAAGCAUAUGAGACUUUAAUGAAAAGGAACUUUAAUACAAUUAGGAAACAAUACAGGAAAGGCAAAGAAUAUACUUCCUAAAUCAAGCACCCAAAGUUACCUGUCCCCUCGUGGGUAAAAGUCCACCCAAACAGGAUUGGCCCAGAGCAAGGCCCGAAAGCCUGUCACAAGUCUAAAUCACCUUCCAGUGGGGACCCACAGAAAAGGAUCAGAAACACCAGACAAGUCUGGAAGGAAAAGAGCAAAAUCAAGAUAAAAGCUGCCAUUGUCACCUCCCACGGGUCUCACCCACAUCUGCUUCAAACAGUCCCCGACCAAAAGGCAAGCGCAGUUUCUUCUGGUGUCUCUCUGCUCCACAUGCCUCCUCCAGGUCUCCUGGCUCCCCAUCCUGCGUCCUUCCUUCCUCAGUCUCCUCUGCUGCUUCUCUUCUGUUUAGCUCCAGCCUCCUUUGGGUGGGACAGGGAAGCUGGAACUUCCUUUUCCUGGGGACCACCCUGUUAUAGUGGGGCUGUGGCGUCUGUGGCGAGCUGGAGAGGAAAGCAGCUACUUCCCAGCUCCAGCUGGUCUCUGCCUUGCAGAAUGAGGGUCCAGUAGCGAGAUAGGGUCCAGAGUCUUCUUGCCUUUAAUAAGCAAGAAGAAAUUCAGAGUGUCCCCUGAUGGAGCAAUUUCGGUGAAUGCCAAACAUUCACUGCCCAAAGACGUCACAUUUGAGGACCAAGUUCAGGCCUUGCCAGGUACGUGACAUGUGUAACCAGUUUACUGAUUAGUGUGAAGUGGCUGCGGUGGAGGCUAAGAGUAGAAAAUUUGGGAUGGGGGCAUCACAGGGCCAGAAACGGAAGGUGAGGGUAAACAUGAUUUAUGUAGUUGGUGAAACCAGCCGUAGAGACGAAAAUCGCACCUCUGUAGCAAGGAAAAAAUCCAGAGAUGGAGAUGGGGGGGCCUUUGUAGAGAAUCACUUGUCCUUUCAAAUCCACCCAGUCACACCCUGGAAGUAAUUUCACAAAAGAUAACAAUUCCACAAAGGAAUGAGCCCCUCCCCCAAGCAAGGACACUCAGCAGAGUUUCUGCUGGACUGGAGGCAGCUCUCCCACCCGCUGGCUAUUCAGGUGUUUCUUUUCACCAGCCCGUUCCCUUUGCAAAGCAGGGGCCCCUCUUGUGACCACCUGUGACUAUGCAGGUGUUUCUUUUUCUUUCUCCUUUUCCUAAUAAACCCUUUUCAAAUGUAACCUGCC